GGCUGCGCGCACACCGCGAUGGGCGACAGCGCUGAGUCACUGCAUUCCUGCCUCGGGCUCCUGGGCAUUUCCGCAGGAUCACUCCUGCUGGCUGUGCAUUUCUACAGCUCACCCAGAGCAGCCCCUCUGAUCCCCAGCACAGCUCUUGGAAUCCUUCUGCUCAUUUUAGCGGCUCUUUUGGCCUAUGCAGGGAUCCGGAGAAACCCCAGGAAUGCCUCCCUGCUGCCGUCCCUCUGCCUGACCAUCUCAGCCUUCUGGUGUGGCUACGGAGUCACCUUCAUCCUGGCCGGGCAGGGCGCGCUGGGCGACGCCGGGGACCUCCGUGACGCCGUGGGGCCUGGCCUGGCCACCUUCACCGUGGCACUGCUCCUCGUGGCAGUGGUGGGAUUGCUGUGCAGAGAGCCCGUCCUGGCCCUCAUCUCCGGGGCCACCUCCCUGGCCAGCGCCCACGACCUGGCCGCACGUCACAGCCGCGCCUUGGGCUCCUCCGCUGUCGCUUGCAAUUACCUCAUUGUCUGCUUGCUGGGGGGGUACUUUGCCCUGGGGAGGGCUCUCUAUUUCCUGACCAAAGGGAAAAUGGCCCUCCCUGGCACGGAUCUGGCCGAGAGAAAGAGCCGUGAGCAGGCCCACGGCGCCGGUGGCAGCACCAACCCCUUCGCAGCCGCGGGGCUGAUGCUGAACAUGCUGUCGGCCGGGGUGUUCGGCUGCAGGCUCCUGGGCAUCACCAGCAAACUCUCCAUGGGCCAGGUGCCCUGGCUGUGGGCAGCUGGCGCCUACCAGAUUGGCAUCUGCAUCUUAUCCUACCGUGCAAUGGAUGUUCUGAUGGCCACAUCCUUUGGAUUCACCUCCAUCCUCAAGUUUGCUGGAGGCUACUGCCUCUUGUACCCAGUGUGGCAGCCGGAGGAGCCAUCGUUCCCUACCCUGUUCCUGGUGGUUUUCUCCAUUCUUUUUGCCGUCCUGGCUCUCUUCCUCUCCCUCAGGAGCCCUCUGGACGGCCUGUAUUUGCUGGUUUAUGUGGCCUCCUGCCUCGCCUUGGCUUGCAACCCCAGGGGGUUUUUCGCGAGUGGCCCCCAAGGCGUGGCCGUGGCCGUUUUUGUGGCCUCAGCCCUGGUGGCUCUCGUUCACCUGUACGACGUGAAAGCAGGGGCCAAGAUCCCCCCAGGGAAGAGGAAGGGGGCUGUGAGGGCCCUCCUCGCCCGCAGCAGUUUCCUGAAGCUCCGUGAGGGGCCAGACCUUCACGCUCCGUACCUGGGCUACUCCAAGUAUGCCAGUGCAGAAGCCCUUGCCUUUGCGUGCAGUGUCCUGGCUUCUUCUGCUCUGAUGGCCACAGGAGACCCCCAGGCUCCCCUUGCCACCGUUGUCAUUCCCUGGGUGGUGGUAGCUGGUGGGAUCCUUAAGCUUCUGGGCGGCUCAGUGGCCUUUGCCCGGGGUAAAACCCUGGAGAGCAGUGCCUUCAUCCUCUACGCCGUCAUGUGGAUCAUCUGGGGCCUGGCAAGAUACGGUGGCCUCUACGGCACCGCCAGGAGCUUCCACUCAGCAGUGGGCAUCGCUGCCUUCAUGCUCUUCAACGGCUUCGUUGUCUUCUGCACGCUCUUCCUAAACAUCACCUGGUUCUUUUACUCCCUCACGUUCAUGCUGGUGGCUCUCAGCUUCUUCCUGGAUGCCAUCCACGCCCUUCCCGCUGGAUAUGACGUGGCUGCCACCCUCAGCUUUGGGCUGGUCAGCUUUUACUGCUUCCUGUCUGCCCUCUGCAGUGACAUUUUCCAGGGUCCCUGCUUGCCCAUGGGAGGGCCCCUCGUGCAGCUCGGUGGUGCGGGGGGAGGGACGAGCAAGUGCCUUCACCUGCCCGCCAGGAAAGCGUCCUCAGUCAAGAGGAUUGCAGAUAUCCUGAGGAGUGGAGGGACCUGUGGCAUCCCCACAGACACCGUGUACGUGCUCGUGGCCGCCUGCAACCGCCCUGAUGCCGUGGAGAAAGCUCACAGGUCCAAGCGCCAGGCUCAGGAUCGCCCCAUGUCCCUCUGGAUUUCCAGCCUCAAGCAACUGGAACCUGCCAAGCAUCUGUUCACUCCCCUCCUCUGGGACUUCAUGGAGGCUGCCUGGCCAUCUCCCAUCAGCUUGGUGGUUCCCAGAGGUGAGUGGGUGGAUUUCCUGGGAAUGAAGGACUCUGCUAAGUACGUGGGGACCCCUCAGAGUGUCGCCAUCCGCAUCCCCGACUGCUCUGUCACCACGCACCUCAUCGACCUGGUCGGGCCCAUUGUGGUCACAUCAGCCAACCCAACGGGAGAGGCCGACACCACCCACCACAACCAAGUGUAUGCCAAGCUGGGGGACAAGGUGGAUGCAGUCCUUUGUGACGGGCCCUCUCCAGAGAACAUCGCCUCCACCGUGGUGGACUGCACCAAAAUCGACAGUGGGAACAUUGGCUUCUUCAGAGUCGGCCUCGUCCCCAAGUCUCAGGUGCUGCAGAUACUGGAGCAGGUGCAGAAGAAGCACCAGGUGGCCCCCAACAGUGGCACUGGCCCCGUGAAAGGCCACGAGGAAGCCCUGGGUUGUAGCCACGCUGUGCCCAACGGGAUGGGCAGGGCUGCCUGGGUGGGGACAGGGCCAGCACAGCCCCCUGAGGACGACUGUGAGCAUCACACUCGCCUCUGAGCCCAGGCAGCUCCAGCCAUGCCCUGCUCAGUGGGAAACCAUUUGCUGGAAAAUGACCUAUCAUUGGGGACUGGGAGAGGUUUUCCAGCUGUGGGGGUGAUUCAUUCCUCUUUCUCUGGACACUGCUAAAAUAUCCCGGUGCUGGCUGGCAAACCACAGUCACCCAGGAGGAAAAUUUUCACUUGAGGGACACUGCCAGCUUUCACUGGAGGGCAGACAUGACCAAAGCAAGGAUUAUUUUGGUGCCAGGCUGGCCCCAGAGUGCCAGAGCUUUAUUCCUUUCACUGGGAGGUGAUCCUUUUCGGUUUGGGGCACGGAGGGAGGUGAAGUGUUUCAGAAUUAGGGGGUGGGGGGAAAACACUGCAUGAAACUUGAAUCGCCCAGUCAGUGAGGUGCAAAAAGACCAUUCCAAUCAGCAAGUUCAACCCUUCCCUCAGGGCUGCCAAGGCCACCACUAAGCCAUUGUCCCCCAGUGCCACGU